AUGGCACCCUCACGGAAACCCAUAGCGACCAAGAAGAGGCUGGCCGCCAUAGUGGCUAUGAGCGAGGACGAGUUUGUCCUUUUCGCCCUCGACCACCUCAGACAGACUGGGGAGUGCACAGUGACCACAUCCACAGCAUGGUCGGACGAUCUAACCACCGAUCAGCAACAGAACAUUGUGCAGAAAUUUCGACAAGCCGCAGAUCGCAUAAGACAGUUCGACUGCGAUCGUUUCGACAACUCCAUGGAGCGCGUGGUUCGCGACUCCGACAUAAUUGGGCUCGAUCGUAUCUAUCACCACAAACGAACUGAGGAGUUCAAGGGCCCGGCGGAACUAUUCGAAGAAGAAAAGAACUGGGAGAGAUGGCAUCAUAAAUAUUUUCUGAAAGAGGGCGGCCGACCGUGUUAUAAUAUCGAUGACCUCGACGCAGUCGCCAAAAACCCGGAGCUCAAGUAUCAUAUUACAUCACCUUGGAUGUAUUAUGAGGCCGCGCUACACAAGGACUACUACGCAGAUGCUAGAGUGUUCAGAAAGCAGCACGACCACUGGGCUAGAUUUCGAAUAUGGCAACGCGUCAACCGUAACCUCUAUGGGCGUGCCGAUCCAACAUACAGGGUGGGAACAAGCGGGGAUGACUUCGGAGUUCCGACUCUGAAAUGGUACAAAGAGAGGGCAUUUGUGGAGUUUCAAAGGUACGAGAGAGCCGUUCUGAGCAUCCUGAAACAGUACGGCAUCUCGCGACCGGCUGCGCUCGAGCUUCGUCUGAACGACCAAGACGAAUUGGUGACGUGGCAGGAAUAUGUCAGCUUCAUAUAUCUGCAUCUGGGGUGGGCGACUCAGGAGAUGGUUGAUCACAGGCUCAACGGCGAGGACUUCUUGGAGAAUUUGCGCUCCAGCGGGCAUGUGCCCGAGGGUACGACGCUCAAAGACGUCCAGUCGAUGAUGUUUGACGCCUGGGUGCGGGGACCAGUCUUGCCAAUCGAUGAUGUGCGUAGGAGCCUUCAACAGCAGAAGGAAGUGCUGCUCAAGAGGCUAAGAGAGGCCGCGACCGAAGAAGCGAAAUCAGGGGUCGAAGAGGAGAUUCGAUUACUCGACGAGAACUAUGUGGCCAACGAGCAGCGCGAGCGAGAUCUGUCUGAAAAGUGUUGGGAGCUCACCUACAGCCCAUACGAAACUGACUGGCCCUGGUGUAUCGCUGCCAGAAAGGUGUUUUGCUACGAGAGGCUGGCUGUAUGGGCACGGGACCAGAUUCCCCUGAUACGCGCCGAGCUGGAGGGUAGAAAGGACUGCAAAGAAUGCAAAGCCCGAGACCAGACACCUGCAGCUACCGAGCAGAUUUCCACAGCUACCGAGCAGAUUCCCACAGCUGUCGAGCAGAUUCCUACAGCUGUCGAGCAGAUUCCUACAGCUGUCGAGCAGACUCACACAGUUGCUGACCAGGCUCCCACAGCUACCGACCAGGUUCCGGCAACUACGGAUCAGACUCCCGCAGCUACUGAUCAAACUCCUGCAACUACCGAACAGACUCCGGCAGUUAGUGACCAGAGUCCGGUAGCUACUGACGAGACUGGACGAGAUGCGCCAUCGAAUCCUAUGACAGCCGCAGAAAAUCAAGAGUCACAAGUGUCGCCAACAGAAGGCAACCCUGCCGCCCCUCAUAACCAAAUUUUAAAACGUACUACUCGCGACCAGGCGGUUCAAGUGGAUAUUUCCACGGACAGCCACGCAGUGGAAAACGAAAUCACUGUUGAUCCUCUCACUUCAGCAGCGCCGAAACCUGGGCCGGUGAGCGAGGAUCCGCCUCGGUCGAGAAAGAGAAAGGUUGCCGCUCCAGUCGAAGCUCCCCGGAGGAGCAAGCGAGUGGCCACUCUGAAGGUAAAGAAAGAAGAGGAGGCAGCGGCUGCAGCCAGAGAAGAGACUGAGGAACAGAGUCAGCCCCCAGCGAAAGCCAGGAAGGCCAAGGCUGCUCCAAAAGCUAAGCCCAAGCCUACGGCUGCUCCCAAGUCUACGGCUAAGUCGAAAUCUAAAAGGAAGUAA